AUGAAGGCCGCCGCCACCAUUCUCCUCGCCGCGGCACUGGGGUCGACAAGCCCCGUGGGCAUGCAGGCCCGGGACGGGCAGUGCGACUGCUCCAAGACCUUCUACGCCAGCACCAAAUACUGGGACUACAAGUGCCCGGCCGGCUACGAGAACAUCUCCAAGGUGUCCAUCGCGGGCAUCACUUGCGCGCAGCCCGACUGCUCGGUCGGCGAGUACGAGCGUCGAUGCGGUGUCCGGCCCUAA